UACUGAUAUGUCCUCUCAGACCGUUGAUCUGGAGUAGGACUAGGUAGGGUUAAAUAGUGGAGGGGUGGUGUUUUUGUUGUUGUUGAGAGAGUUAGUAGGUGGUAGGGUAAUUUUCCUUUUCCACAAUUUUGCAUUAUUGUAUCUAAGAAUAUAAUGUAGGUAGGCCAUGAAUGGUCUCACACGCCAGUACAGUAGGUGGUGCUCUAUGCACAUAAAAGUUGGAUGCAAUCCGCCAACCAAAUUCCCAAAGAAUAAGAAGAAGAUGAAAUCCGUGACCCGGAAGUACAUAGUUAUUCUUGCUGUGGUCGCUGUUAUUGACAGUUAUUUAAAGAAUACGAUGGUAUUUGACUGGUAAAUAAUGUAAUCAAGAGGAGGUUAUCCAAUCACGGAUUGUCAAUAACACAUGGCAAGCAACUUGAAAUUUUGUUUUUGACGCGCACCAUGGCAGCUCGCUCAAGAUAUGAUGGCUACACAUACCCACAUUACACCCAUCUCCAGUUAUGAUGGGCACACAUGAUGACAUCCCCCUGGACAGUACUACGCCUAGAUUGACUAGCCACAAUGAAGAGCGGAAUCUCCUUCGCAUCCGAGAGUGGGAGAGGCGGAACCAGGAAGCCCUCCAGGAGAAGGAGUUCUACCAGGAGAACGUUCCCCUUUUUGGGGAACCCUACAAGACAAACAAAGGAGAUGAGCUUUCCAGCCGUAUACAGAGAAUGCUGGGUAGUUAUGAAAAUGUGAAAAUCUCCAACUCUCAUCUGUGUUUGGACAGUAGCUUCUCUAAUGACCCCCCAUCUCACGUCACCACAACAUAUAGGCGGCCAUCUCACAGCCGAGACAGAGUGAAGCCUGCAUUCCAGAACACUCCUCUGUACGGGGCAGGCCAGAAUGGUAGUGGUGGUCCCUCCAUUAGCAGGCAAACUUCUCAGCCUCUGAAGAGGCUCCCUGUUCCCUCCUCCCACACCCAGUCCUCACUGGGUCUCAGUCAAGCCCUGGCCAGCCCUGAUCCCCUCCAGGGGAAAGCUGAACCCUGCCCCUGGCCAGACCUGAGGGAGUAUGCCAGUCUUAGUCCGGUCCUCUCCACCCUGUCCCCCCCAGCUGAGCCCCUAUCCCCCCUACAUUCCAGUGACCCCAGUGACUCUGAGCCCCAGGACACCCCUGACAGGCACCAAGGAUCCCCCCUGCACACCGAGAGGCACCCGGCCUCCCUCCUGCACCCCGACUCCCCUGUCCCAAUGGAGGGGUCCCCUCUGGAUGACCCCCAGAGAGACAUCCCACUUCUGGCCAUCGAGGGAGCAACAACCCUGCCCUCUCAGACAUUCCCUCUACCACUGGCCUCUAAACCAAAUCUGGUCAUGCCCCAGAAGCCCACAGCCUACGUCCGGCCCAUGGACGGCCAGGACCAGGUGACCAGCGAGUCUCCGGACCUCAAGCCCUCUCCUGAAGGCUUCCAUGGACAGUCUUAUCAUCAUGAACCCUUACCAGACUUGAAAAUCACCAAGCCCAGCCUUUCCAAACUGAAGAUUCCAUCACAGUCUAUAGAGACUCUGUCAAAUAAAGCUCACUGUGUGGAGGACAUUCUGAGGGAAAUGACCCACUCCUGGCCUCCUCUUCUGACUGCCAUCCACACACCCAGCACAGCUGAGCCCUCCAAGUUCUCCUUCCCAGUCAAGGAAGCACAGCAUGUCCCACCUGCAUUUCCAGGACAAAAACACUAUGGAUCACCUCCGCUAGCCUCUUCCUCCAGACUCAUCUGUCAACAGAGCUCAUCGUCCUUCAGUACGGUUGUAGCAACACAUUCCAGUGGGGUGGAGUCAGCCAGCUCCAGUGACUCCGAGAGCAGCUCAGGGUCAGACUCAGACAGUGAGAGCAGUGAGAGUGGGACAGAGGAGGCCCCACAACCCAUCAGGAGCAGCAGCCCACCAGUACCCAAGGCUGAAGGCCCCGUGGUGACUAACUGGCAGCUGAAUAACUGGAUCAGAGUGAGCCAGCAGAACCCCAUCACAGAGAGCCAGAGUGACACUGUCCAAAGCCCUUUACCGAAACAGCAGCAGAGCCAUGACUCAGAGGAGGAGGCCAUUCCUCCCAGGGACUACAAAUCCCACACACCACCACAAUACCCAGAGUUCAGCGAUAGUGAAGCCAAACCUCCAGGAAGUGAGGACGUUGCCUGCAAACAGCAUGUCCGCCACAAGUCCCCGGCCGUCUCACAUGUUGGGGACAGCAGCAGCCAGAGAAAAACUGUGGGGAACAAACAUCCCUCCAGACCAGUUAAGGCUCCCCGUCCUGAGGACUCCCAGGCUGGGCUGCGGGUGGAGAGUGUGGAGGUAGCCCCCCGCGACAAAGACCCCUCGUUCACAGACAGGCCAAAGGUCAAAACGAAAACCGGGCACAGCAGCAAGAGUGGCAGCGCCAUAACGGACAGUAAGAAGCCUGCCAAGCGCAACUCUUUGGAGAAGAGGAAGACUAAACAACCAGAGUCUGGAAGCAGUGGUCCCAAGAUGACUCUGAUGCUGGACUGUAAGAGGGAGAGGUCUCGCAGUCCCAGCCCUGCCCGGGUGGUGGAAACCUCCGUCAGUGUCAGGAAAGAGACCCUCCCGGCCCCUCAUAAAGGCCAGAAAACGCCCAGGAGCUACUCUGCAGCUGCAGCACACCAGGCCAAACGGGAGUCCUCAGCCAAAGCUUCCAGGGCCCCCCAGGGACCUCCACGUGCCCUGCUGGUGAAGAUUGAGCUCAAUCUGCUGUCCAGGGUCCCUCCCCAGGGCUCCAGGCCUUCUCAUGGAGGCCAGGAACCAACCAGCAGGAAGAGGCCCAACACAGCCCGAGAGAGGGGAGACGGGGACCCUGCUUCCCCCAUCACUACCAAAGUCUGCAAAAAGAGACCGGCUGAGAAGGAUGCAAAAUCCCUGCCAAGGAAGAAGCCAAAACUGGAGAAAGAUCCCAAACACUCCUCUUCAUGUCCUGGUUCCUGCAAGUCUGCGACGCCCAAGAACCCUGGAGAGGAGGAGGUGGAGAGGAUGCGGUCGAAGAAGGGGGCUUCUGUCCCUCUGCAAGACCCUGGGAAAGAGCCGGGGAGGCGCAAGCGGCUUGCAGGGGAGACCCCAGAGCCCAACGCUGCCUCAGCAGCCAAAAGCAAGGACAGGGAGGCCUCCACCCCCGUCAAACACAAGAAGGGCACUGGGAAACGACACACAGAGCAUUCCAAGACUGGCAAGGCCCCCAAGAGCAGCUUUGCCUUCUCUGUGCCUGCCCAGCUCACCGGGGGUUCCCUGUCCUCCAGACCUCUGCUCAAGGUCGAGGACAGGCAGCACCCAGUGGAGUAUCAUAUGAAGGAAGCCAAAAAACUCAAGCACAAAGCAGAUGCCACGUCUGAUAAGGUUGGCAAAGCUUUCAACUACCUCGAUGCUGCCAUGUCCUUUGUGGAGAGCGGCAUCGCUAUGGAAACCGAUCCCCAGACCCCGAAGUCGGCAUAUACGAUGUUCGCUGAAACCUUGGAUCUGAUAAGGUUCAUACUGAAACUGAAGGGUUCUGUGGACCCCUCUGCCCCUGUUACAGACAAGGAUUUUACAAUAUUAUGUAUGAGGUGCCAGUCCCUUCUACAGAUGGCCAUGUUUCGCUACAAAAGAGAAACGGCACUUAAGUAUUCAAGGACCCUCACGGAUCAUUUCAAGAGCUCCUCCAAGUCUGCAGCCCCCUCCCAAUGUGUCUCAAAGUGAAAAUUGUGGAGUAACUACAAUGUUGAUCCAUCCUCAGGAGAAAACUAUCACAGCCAUCAAACUCUGUUUUAAAAUCCCCAUUGGCCUCAUGGGGAAAUCCUUCCACUCUGGCAAGAGUUAGGAAGGACACCAGUAGCUUUGUAGUUACUGGGUGUAAUGAUACACCGUCCAAAACCUAGUUAAUAACUUUACCAUACUCAAAAGUAUGUUCACUGUAUGCUUUUGUUUAUUUUUACCCAUCUGCCAAUCGGAGACCUUUGUGAGUUAUUGGAAAACCUCCCUGGUCUUUUUGGUUGAAUCUGUGCUUGAAAUUCAGUACUCGACUGAGGGACCAUUCAGAUAAUUGUGGGUAUUUUCUAUAGAUCAGUGAAACAAAAUCCCAAUUUAAUAAAUGUUUAAUUCAGACUGUAACCCAACAUAAUGUGGAAAAAGUUUUGUGAAUUUCGUGAAUGAAUAGAAAAGGUGUGUGUGUGUGUGUGUGUGUGUGUGUGUGUGUGUGUGUGUGUGUGUGUGUGUGUGUACAGCAGUAGUUAUAUUGACUAGAAUUCAAAAAUAUAAAAGUGUUGGUCCCUUGUUUCAUGAACUUAAAUAAAAGAUCCCAGAAAUUGUGCACAAAUGUGUUUACAUCCCUGUUAGUGAGCAUUUCUCCUUUGCCAAGAUGAGGAUUAAACAGCGUGAUCAUUACACAGGUGAACCUUGUGCCACUCUAAAAUGUGCAGUUUUGUAAAACAACGUGUCAAGUUUUGGGGGAGUGUUGCAGGAAAGUCCAUCAGAGCUAUUGUCAGAGAAUUGAAUGUUCUGAAACAAAGCUUAAAAUGUUCCAUUUCUUCCAUGGCCUACAUGCUCAGACAUGUCACCCAUUGAGCAGUUUGGGAUGCUCUGGAUCAACGUGUACGACAGGUUUUUCCAUUUCCCGCCAAUAUCCAGCAACUUUACAUUUAUUUUCAGCUCACGUCAUGUUAAUUAAACUUUUUGUGCCCCGCGGAAACAACUUUGCAGACGACCACCACAACAUGUCAAAUCCUCAAAGAAUGCUGCGAGAAAGCGGCACCACUCUGUCAACAGAGCUCGGUGCUUAUUAGGUUACAAAAUCAGACUUUUUGUAUAUAAUGUUAAUGAUAUGUUAGACCCCACUGAAUGAUUCAGAACAUGAAGAAUCAUUUUUGUCUUGGUAACAUUUAUUUUAUAACAUAAGGAAGUGAAAUUUCAUCACCAAAGCAAAUUUUAACCCACUGGGGAAUCAAUCAAGAGUACUUUGACAACUGCUUAAAUAAAAAAGGCUUCAUAAGUAACGUAACAUUACAGAACCGUUUUGAUUCAGAAGUUAAUAUAUCCAUUUAAAUCAGGAAAUAAACAAAAAUGGCAUUGACAAAAUUAUUGACACCCUAGACUUAAUAUUUGGUAGCACAGCCUUUGGUCAAAAUAACUGCAAUCAAGCGCUUCCUAUAACCAUCAAUGAGCUUCCUGCACCUCUGUACUGGCAGUUUGGCCCAGUCCUCUUGUACAAACUGCUCCAGUUCUCCCAGAUUAGAAGGGUGCCUUCUCCUAACUGCUGUUUUCAGAUCUCUCCACAAGUUUUCAAUGGGAUUUAGAUUUGGACUUGCUGGCCACUUCAGAACAGUCCAGCGUUUUGUCUUGAACCAUUCCUGGGUCCUUUUUGAAGUGUGUUUGGGGCCAUUGUCCUACUGGAAGACCCAUGACCUUCAACGGAGACACAUUUUUCUGACACUGGGUCCGACAUUGGACUCCAAAAUACCUUUUGUAUUCACCUGAUUUCAUGAUGCCAUGCACACGUUCAAGGCACCCAGUUCCAGAGGCAGCAAAGCAACCCCAAAACAUCACAACCUCCAUGUUUGACUGUAGGAAAGGUGUUCUUUUCUUUGAAAGCUUAAUUUUGUUUUCUGUAGAGAUGGUGUGCUUUACCAAAAAGCUGUAAAUUGGUCUCAUCUGUCCACAGGAUAUUCUCCCAGAAGGAUUUUGGCAUGUUCAGCUGUGUUUUGGCAAAUUGCAGUCGGGCUUUCUUAUGUAUUCCUCUCAGCAGUGGGGUCCUCUUGGGACUCCUACAAUGUAACCCCUUUUCAUUGAGUUGGCGACGGAUUGUGCGAGUUGAAACUGUCUGAAUGUCAGCUUGAAUCUUUGUGGCAGUUGACUGAGGUGCUUUCUCCACCAUUCAAACAAUACUUUGCUGCAAUCUUCCAUUAAGUUUUCUCUUGUGGCCAUGUCCAGUGAGGUUGGCUACAGUGGCAUGGGCCUUAAACCUUUUGAUUACAUUACUUACGAUGGAAACAGGAACAUCAAGGUCUCUGGAGAUGAACUUGUAGCCUCGAUUGUCCAUGCUUGGCUCCAAUCUUGUAUCUGAUCUCCUCAGAUAAUUCUCUGGUUGUUUUGUUCAACUGCACACUGAAGACAUACAUAUGUGGAUACCAAAAUAUAUUUUAAUUUCAACAGCUUUCUGGAAGAAAUGGUGCAUUAUUUGAAAAAAGUGCAAGGGUCCCAAUAUUUUUGUCCACGACUGUACAUCUCAUUCAACCCACUUAUUAAUAAGUGUAUAUAUACUGUUGGAAGUCAUCGUAUUAUGUGCUCAGUCCCAUCCGGGGCGGGAGGUAACAUAGUGGUUAGAGCAUUGGACUAGUAAUCGAAAAGUUGCAAGAUCGAAUCCCUGAGCUGACAAGGUAAAAAUCUGUCGUUCUGCCACUGAACAAGGCAGUUAACCCACCGUUCCUAGGCCAUCAUUGAAAAUAAGAAUUUGUUCUUAACUGAGUAACCUAGUUAAAUAAAAGGUAACUCAUGCCCCACCCUGCCCUCUCUU